GUGCGGGCGCCGUAGAAGCGGCCCGACGGUGUGGCAAAAUGUCGUGAAAGGGGCCUGUUGUGAGGAAGACAGUCGGCGAGGAGGAGAAGGAGAAGGACGGGCAAGGAGGAAGGAAGAGAAGGGAAGGGAAGGCAGGCAGGCAGGCCCAUGCUCGGAGGGAGUCUCGGGGCGGCGAGGGCCCUUCCCGGCUGCCGCCCUCCCCCUAUGCGGCGCCCCCUCCGCCGCCAUGGCCCGCAAGACAGCUAGCAGGAAGCGCAGGGCCACCGCCACCGCCGCCGAAGGGGGCCGCCACCACGACCACGACCAGGCCGGGAGGCAGUAUGGCUGGGAUCACUCGGUCCACAAAAGGAAGCGGCUCCCGCCCGUCAAACGGUCGCUGGUGUGCUACCUGAAAGGGAGAGAGGUGCGGCUGCAGAACGAGUCCAGCUACCACCGGCUGUUGCACGGAUAUGCUGCCCAGCAGCUGCCCAGUCUCCUGAAGGAAAGAGAAUUUCACCUCGGGACCCUCAAUAAAGUGUUUGCCUCUCAGUGGCUGAAUCACCGGCAAGUGGUGUGUGGGACAAAAUGCAACACGUUGUUCGUGGUCGAUGUCCAGACUGGUCAAAUUACCAAGAUCCCCAUUCUGAAGGACCGGGAGCCUGAUAUAGUCAACCAGCAGGGCUGUGGGAUUCAUGCCAUUGAACUGAACCCUUCAAGGACCCUCUUGGCUACCGGAGGUGACAACCCCAACAGCCUUGCGAUUUAUCGUCUGCCGACGCUGGAUCCAGUCUGUGUGGGAGAUGAUGGCCAUAAAGACUGGAUAUUUUCAAUUUCAUGGAUCAGUGACACCAUGGCUGUUUCUGGGUCCCGAGAUGGUUCAAUGGGUCUCUGGGAAGUGACGGACGAAGUGCUGUCCAAGAGCGAUGCGAGGCGCAACUUGUCUCGAGUUCCUGUCUAUGCUCACAUAACACACAGGGCUCUGAAGGACAUCCCCAAGGAAAACACCAACCCAGACAACUGCAAGGUUCGAGCUCUUGCUUUUAACAACAAGAACAAGGAGCUGGGAGCUGUCUCCUUGGAUGGGUAUUUCCACCUCUGGAAAGCUGAAUACACGCUGUCAAAGCUGCUGUCCACAAAGUUACCAUAUUGUCGUGAGAACGUUUGUCUGGCCUAUGGUCAGGAGUGGUCGGUAUAUGCAGUCGGAUCUCAGGCCCACGUCUCUUUCCUGGACCCGAGGCAGCCUUCGCACAACGUGAAGUCCGUCUGUUCCAGGGAGCGAGGCAGUGGUAUUCGCUCCGUGAGCUUCUAUGAACACAUUAUUACGGUGGGGACAGGGCAGGGUUCCUUGUUGUUCUAUGACAUCCGAGCCCAGAGGUUCCUGGACGAGAAGCCACCCCACAGUUGCUGCACGUCGAAAUUAGGAGGAAGCGAAAUUCUCAAGUUGUCUACGGGCAAAGGUUGGCUGAAUCAUGACGAAACCUGGCGGAAUUACUUUUCAGACAUCAGCUUCUUUCCAAAUGCCGUUUACACCCACUGCUACGACUCGUCUGGCACGAAACUCUUUGUGGCAGGAGGCCCCCUUCCAUCUGGACUCCACGGGAAUUACGCCGGCCUCUGGAGCUAAUAACUCUCUUCCGAGAUGAGGCUCGCCCGCUCUCUUGUGCGGCUUCCCACCCACCCACCCUUUCGCCCACAUUUCCAUUCCUUUUCAAACUAACAAACAAACAAGAGAAAUUGUGUGACUACAUUGUUCUCUUCUGCUUUUGGUGCAAGGGGGGUGACUUUGUUUUUUUGGGGGAGCGGGAAACGGAUUCUUCUCCUGGUUUCCUGGCAGGUUUAUUUUGUACAUUUUGAACUUUGGGGGGGGGGGGGUUUGUUUAAUCUUCUUUGAUCUUUAUACAGUGGAUUUUUAAACACACACCCCCGUUCCCCCUUUUUAUUAUUGCCUUUCCUCAGACCGGCGGAGUCUUUGCCCUGAGCUCAGGCCGACCCACCAUACAUGCCCCUCCACUCCUUCCUUCGCCGCCAGGCAGGAAACCUUCCAUUAGAUCGGCUGCUGCCGAGCUUUCUGUGAAAGCCCAGGGGCUGUGUGCACAUGUGUGGGAGUGUGUGUGUAUGCGCGUGUGUGCGUGUGUGUGCAGGUACUUUGUUAGUCACAUUACCUGGAAUAAAAAGCUACUUGUAAUUAAAAGGAGAAAAAAUUAAAAAGUAUUUAUAUAAUGA